AUGGAAAAGAGCGAAAGGGAUGUGGACGCUCUAAUGACCCUGACAGCACGGAUGGCGAUCGGUUCCGACUCCGACCGCCACCUGACUCAUCGCCGAGGCGUGGAUGGACGCGGAGGGAAAAGCAUGGAAAUGGCAAACGAGUGAGA